AUGGCCGGCGCCUCGUUCGAGUACGACGAGGUCGGCAACACCUUCUAUUACGUGCUCGUCUCGUUUUAUGCGAUUAUUUUGUUCCCGGCCACGUAUUACUGCUUCCCGGACACUACAAAAACAGGUAAACCGUUGGAAUUCAUGAAAAAACACUGAAAAUCGAUAUUUCAGAGCCUGAGCACGUAAUAAACGAGCACGAGUGUCAAUGCGGUGGCUGUGAUCGCAAAAGACGCGCCAAAGCGGCCAACAAGCCGUGGCGCAGGACCAAAAGGAUGAUAACUAUUGGGGUAAGCAGGAAAAUAUUGCAAAUCUCUGAAACUAAUACAUUUCCUUCAGGUUCUUGUGAUUGCCUGGCUGAUCUUCGCGAUAAUCGUCAAGAAAACCACAGAAAUCGAGGUGACGCACAAGGACUACGACCCGUAUUUGAUUUUGGGACUGGAUCAAGGCGCCGACGAGAAGGCUAUAAAGAAAGCGUGGAGAGAUUUGUCCAAGGUACCAUUCUUGAGUGAUUUUAGUAAUUUUCACCAACUUCUUUCCAGAUUCAUCACCCCGAUCGCGGAGGAAACGCCGAGUACUUCGACAAGAUAGCCAAGGCCCAUCAGGCAUUGACCGACAAAGAAGCACGCGAAAAUUGGGAAAAGUACGGAAAUCCGGACGGUCCACAGGCCACGACCUUCGGAAUCGCUCUGCCGAAAUGGCUUGUGAGCAAAGAGUACGGGCUGUGGGUGCUUGCCUUCUACGGACUCAUUUUCAUGGUCCUCAUGCCGGUCGCUGUGGUAAUUCUGCGAAAAAUAGCGAGGAAUUGGUAAAAUUCUGUAAAUUUUCAGGGAAUGUGGUGGUACAAUUCGAUCAAGUACAGUGUGGACAAGGUGCUACUAGACACCACCAAAAUGUACUAUUACUUUAUUAAUCGGACACCGAGAAUGGAGAUUGGAAGUGAGUUUCCAAAUGUCUCGAGUCUAAUUUCAUCGAAAUUCGUUCAGGAAUGAUCGCCAUUUUGUCCGGAUCGUUCGAGUUCAGCAAACAGUACAACAAGGAUGUGAUCGAGAGAGAAAGCGACGAUUUCGAAGUGCCGAAGCUCAUGAAAUUGCUCUCCGGCGUCAAUGACAAAGGAAAAGAACAGCCGUUGAGCCAGCCGUACGCUCUGAAAGCGAGAGUGCUCAUUCACGCGUAUCUGUCGAGAUUGCCGUUGGAAUCUUUUGAAAAUGCCUUGGAUCAGGAUCAGGAGUAAGGGAUCUGAAGGGUUUUUUGCAAACUUUCACUUCAAGGUCAAUUUUUAGCAUUUCUACAUUAGUUUUCGCUUCCCUAGCCCUUUUUUUGAUUCACAUGAAUCUGGACGCUCAAAAGCAACAUAUUUUUCCUAAAAAAAACAACGACAAAAAAUUAUCAUAAUUUAGAAUUUCUCGCUGAAAACCGUCAAUUUGCAGAUACAUAAUCACCCGAAUGCUCCGCCUCGUUGAAGAAAUGCUCACGUGCUCGCAAAACCUGCUCGCCUACCAGCACGGCGCGAAAAUCGCCAUCGAAACCUUUGACAAUCUGCUCCGUCUGCAGCCAAUGUUCGUUCAGGCGCUCUGGCAGAAGAACAGCCCGCUCCUCCAGCUCCCGCACAUCACCGAGUACAAUUUGCAGCACCUGAGAAAGGUUUUUCGAUUUUUACGUCUUCUGAAACUCAAAAUCAUUAUUUUCAGAAGCGUAUCUUCUCGUGUCACGACCUGGCUGUGAUGGACGGAGAGCAUCGGCGUGCGGUGCUCCGCUCCCUGUCCGCCGAAGAAUAUCGCGAUGUGAUGGUGGUGCUCUCGAUGAUGCCACGUCUUCAGAUCGAAACCAAAACCGUCGUGGAGGGAGAGGAUGACAAACACGAGCUGACGGCUGGAUGUGUUGUCACUUUGAAAGUCACCCUCCGCAGAAGCCGUCUGAUUGACCCGCAAGUCGCCGGAUUGGCCGAUCAGCACAAGGCUUACGAGGAAGUGGACGACGAGGAGGGCGGAGAAGGAGCCGAAGAGCCGGAAAACGCGGAAGAGGUGGAGGUGAAGAAGGCGAAGAAGCCAUGGGAGAAGAAGAAGCCGAAGCAGAAGAAGAAGAAGGGGAACAGCGGCGGAAAGAAGCCGAUCGUCAAGAAACCAGUCGUUCCGAUCGCGUCGCCGUCUUCAGAAUCUCCAAAGAAAGCAGUGGAAGAAGUGAAGGAAUCGGAUUCGGACGGAGGUUCAGACGACGAUUCCGCAGGAUCGGAAUCCGAUUCGGACAAGGAGCAGAAGAGUGGCGGAGAGAACGGGGCGGACUCUGACUCGGAAUGGGAAGACGAUGUGCAGCAGAAGAAGAUCUUCCAGGAGUCGAAGUCCGUGGAGACGCACACUGUCCACGCGCCAUUCUAUCCGGCCGAAAAAUUCGAAUGGUGGUGGGUUACAGUGUUCUACGUGGACAAAAAGGAGAAGACGAGACAGUUGCUCUCCGCGCCGCAGAUUGUCAAAACGCUCGUCGAUGAGCAGACGGUAAGGUGCCAAAUUGAUUGAACAGCGUACUUUUUCUGUCUAAAAUUGGCCAAUGUUCUACUCAAACAAGAAAAAAAGCCAAUGUUUUGUUUUCCAGAUCGAUAUCCGAUUCGCGGCUCCACCAGUCAAAGGAAUCUACACGUACAAUCUGGCGGUGAAAUCCGAUUCGUACGUGGACGCAGAAUACAGCGUCGAUUUUAAGGUCCGAACCUUUUUUUUUUCAGAUUUUCAUUAACUUUUGUCCUUUUUCAGAUUGACGUGGCGGAGGCGAAAUACGUGGAGAUCCGGCACGACGACUACGUGGACGAAGACGACGAAGACGCCGGAGAGGUGUCGAGCGAGGACGACUACACCGAAGGAUCGGAUUCCGACGACGAAUAG